AUGACUGAAGAAAAGGAGGUUGUAACCGAUAACAAUAGUCAAGAGAAUGGCAAAGAGAACAAUUCAGAUGAAGAAACUGAUUUAGAUAGUUCUAUAAUAAGACAAGUGGAGUACUACUUUGGUGAUGUCAACCUGCCGCGGGACAAAUUUUUACGUGAACAAGUUACACUAGAUGAUGGCUGGGUGCCACUUGACAUCCUUAUCAAGUUCAACAGGCUUGCUAAACUCUCAACAGACACUGAAGUUAUCGCUAAUGCCCUUGCCAAAUCAACUUCUGGACUUCUUGAGAUUUCAGAUGACAAAAAGAAAGUAAGAAGGAGUCCAGAACUACCAAUUCCUGAAAUGAAUGAGGAGCGACGUAAGGAACUAAUGAGCAGGACAAUUUAUGCAAAAGGUUUUCCAAAAGAUUCUUCAUUAGACGAUGUUUUGAAGUUCUUUAAACAAUUUGAAGAAGUGGAAAAUGUUAUAAUGAGAAGGUAUCUGGAAAGCCAGACAAAGAAGAGACUUUUUAAGGGAUCCGUUUUUGCCACAUUUAAAACUAAAGAACAGGCUGAAAAAUUUAUCGAUAACAAGGGCUUAAAAUACAAGGACACAGAACUAAUUAUCCUUUGGCAAGAAAACUACUUCCAGCAAAAACAAGAAGAAUAUGCAGCAAAAAAAGAACAGAAGAAUAAGAAAAAUAAACAAAAAGAAGUCAAAGAAGAAAAGGAAGAGUUCAAAUUACCAACGGGCACUGUACUCCACUUUAGCCAAAGUAAUGAAAAGAUGACUAGGGAAAACAUCAGAGACGCAUUAACAGCAAUAGGUGCUGAAAUAGCAUUCAUAAGCUACAAAGUAGGUGAAACAGAAGGCUGGGUACGUCUUACAAAGGAAAAUGCAGCAAAGGAGAUUGCUGAGAAGAUACCUGAAGGAAAAAUGAAGAUUGAAGAUACUGAUGUUGUAUUUAAAGUUUUGGAAGGUGAUGAAGAGAAGGCAUAUCUAGAUAAAACAAUAGAAGAAAUGUCCAAACGCCGUAGGAAUAUGAAAAAUUUCAAACAAAAUAAACAUAACAAUAAGGGCAAAAAUGCUAAAGGUAAACAAAAUAGAAAACGAAAACAAGACCAGCAUGAUGAAGCACCACCUACUAAAGUCAAGGCUGACAAUUAA